AUGAAGAUUCCCGGUUUUGUUCUUGGCGCAUUGAGGAAUUUGAAGAAUCUUUAUUUAGGGAAUAAUCUUUUUAAUGGCGAAAUACCUAAUGAGCUUGGAAGUGUUUGUGGGAGUUUGGAGAUUCUUGAUCUUUCUAUGAAUAAGCUUUCUGGCGAGUUUCCUUUGGUUUUUGGAAAUUGUUCGUCGAUGAAGAUUCUUAACCUGACUAAGAAUUAUCUCUAUGGUGAUUUCCUCGACACCGUUGCUAGCAAGCUUUCAAAUCUUAGGUAUCUGUUGGUGUCGUUCAACAACAUAACCGGGAAUGUUCCUUUGUCGAUUGUUGCAAACUGUACGCAACUUCGAGUUCUUGACUUAAGUGCCAACGGUUUCACGGGCAACGUUCAUUCGAUAUUCUGUCCUUCAAAAUUGGAGAAGUUGCUUUUAGCGGAUAAUUAUCUUUCGGGGAACGUUCCUGCGAAACUCGGUGAAUGCAAGAGUUUGAGGACUAUUGAUUUUAGCUUCAAUAAUUUGAGUGGUGUGAUACCUUUGGAAGUUUGGUUUUUGCCUAAUCUUUCUGAUUUGAUUAUGUGGGCAAAUAGUCUCACCGGCGAGAUUCCGGAGGGAAUUUGCGUCAAUGGAGGGAACCUCGAGACAUUGAUUCUUAACAACAAUUUCAUUUCUGGUUCGAUUCCUAAGUCUAUUGCAAAUUGUACCAACAUGAUUUGGGUUUCGCUAGCUAACAACCGCAUUACCGGAGAAAUACCUGUUGGUAUUGGGAAUUUGAACGAACUCGCUAUUCUCCAAUUAGGUAACAAUUUGCUGGUCGGAAAUAUACCUCCCGACAUUGGAAUGUGCAAGAGAUUAAUAUGGUUGGAUUUGACUAGCAAUAAUCUCACCGGUCCUAUUCCGCCUAAGCUCACGAACCAAGCUGGAUUGGUUGUUCCGGGGAGAGUUUCCGGUAAACAAUUUGUAUUUGUGAGAAAUGAAGGCGGAACUAAUUGUAGAGGCGCUGGAGGACUCGUUGAGUUUGAAGGUAUAAGGGUCGAGAGGCUCGAAAAUUUUCCUAUGGUACAUUCUUGUCCGUUGACAAGAAUAUAUUCGGGUUAUACAGUUUAUACUUUUACCAACCGUGGAAGCCUGAUCUACCUUGAUCUUUCCUACAAUUUCUUGUCGGGGAGUAUUCCGGGAAGUUUUGGUACAAUGUCCUAUUUGCAGGUCUUAAAUCUAGGACACAAUCGGCUCGAUGGAAAAAUUCCAGAAACUUUCGGUCUUUUAAAAGCUAUAGGAGUUCUUGAUUUAUCUCAUAAUAACCUUCAAGGAUUCAUACCUGGAUCAUUACAAUCUCUAUCGUUUCUCAGUGAUUUCGAUGUGUCGAAUAAUAACCUCAGCGGACCGAUUCCUUCUGGAGGUCAGCUGACAACUUUCCCGGCGUCUCGAUACGAGAACAACUCGGGCCUUUGCGGUGUUCCGUUACCGUUAUGCAGUGCUUCAAACCAAUCAGUAGGUUAUAAUCCGGGGAAGAAGAAGACGCAAUCUAUUGCAGUUUUGGGUGGCAUUUCCGUCCUGUUCUUCCUCUUGUUUAUCAUUGUGGUUUUAUUGGCUUUAUAUAGAGCUCGAAAGGUGCGGGAGAAGGACGAAUUGAGAGAAAAAUACAUGGAAAGUCUUCCAACUUCUGGUACCAAUAGUUGGAAGCUUUCUGGCUUUCGUGAGCCUCUGAGCAUCAAUGUCGCCACGUUUGAGAAGCCUUUGCGUAAGUUGACGUUCGCGCAUCUUCUCGAGGCUACAAAUGGUUUCAGCUCCGAAAGCUUGAUAGGUUCAGGAGGUUUUGGCGAAGUCUAUAAAGCUAAGAUGAAAGAUGGCAGUGUCGUUGCGAUCAAGAAACUCAUUCAUGUCACAGGUCAGGGAGACAGAGAGUUCAUGGCCGAAAUGGAAACGAUUGGGAAGAUUAAACACCGGAACCUUGUUCCGCUUCUCGGUUACUGUAAAGUCGGAGAUGAGAGGCUCCUUGUGUAUGAGUACAUGAAAUAUGGAAGUCUUGAAACUGUUCUACACGAGAGAACCAAAAAUUCAAAGCUUGCUUGGGAAACAAGAAAGAACAUCGCACUAGGAUCAGCAAGAGGUCUUGCAUUUCUUCACCAUAGUUGCAUACCUCAUAUCAUACAUAGAGACAUGAAAUCCAGCAACAUUCUUCUCGACGAAAAUUUCGAGGCUAGAGUAUCGGAUUUCGGUAUGGCGAGAUUGGUUAAUGCUCUCGACACACAUCUCACAGUUAGCACACUUGCAGGAACACCAGGUUAUGUACCACCGGAAUACUACCAGAGUUUCCGAUGCACGGCAAAAGGUGAUGUUUAUAGUUAUGGUGUCAUAUUGCUAGAACUUCUAUCAGGUAAGAGACCGAUCGACGCAUCCGAGUUCGGCGACGAUAACAAUCUUGUUGGAUGGUGUAAGAAGCUUUAUAGAGAGAGAAGAGUCAGUGAAAUACUUGAUCCUGAUUUGGUUUCACAAACAUCUAGUGAAGGUGUGGUUCUUCAAUAUUUGAGAAUUGCUUUUGAAUGUUUGGAGGAAAGACCAUACCGGCGGCCGACGAUGAUACAAGUGAUGGCAAUGUUUAAAGAGCUUCAAGCUGUUGAUACAGAUGAUGAUAGUGUUGUUGAUGGUUUCUCUAUGAAAGACAAUGUGAUUGAUGAAGCAUGA